CAUGAUGCCCGGGAUGAUGGGAAGAGACAAAAAUUGCUCGAGUGUGUGCUGACCGGAAAUAGUAAGUUAUAUCUUGGUAAGAUGUAUACGGAGGCGGAGAUCCAGAAGCUCAAGAAUGAUGAGGUGGAUAAACUGUUCACCAUAUACGAGGCUAAACUAUCCGGUCAAAUGGUAAAGUCUUUGGGACAGUCAAUAAUCCACAUGUACUCCAUGGGCGCCUGUACAGCUCUCGGUAUAAAAAAUCAAAAAGCUCUGAGUGAUGACCUGGAGAAUGAUCCAUUCCUAAACUCGGCACUCCAAAGGUUCACAUGUGAUCUAUAUUAUAAGUUCGGAUCACUACUAUCACCAAUCAGUGUAGGUUUAAUAACAGGUAGGCAUUAUAUCGCGGGAAAAAAUUUAAACAAUAUCGAUACGGAUACUAAAGAUGUCGGAUACUCCAGUUCAGGUGACAACGAAGAACCCUAAAAAGGUUGAGGCCGGUAAGAGGCUGGCUGAAUUCAAUCGUAAAAAUAGGGAAGAAUAUAAAAGAUUGCUCAUGGCACAGACGGAGGUACAGUCGGCACAUCAGACACACUCGGCACCUCAGACACAGUUGGAGGAUCCUAAGGAUAUUGUCAUCGAGGAUUCCGUGAAAGAUGCCCCUAAACACGGCGGAGUGAACUACACAAUAAUGGGUGGUGGUGGGGUGAUAGUACUUGUCUUAAUUGGUGCUUAUUUCGUCUAUAAAAAUAAGGACAAAAAUAUUAAGGUGAAGUGUACCCCACCAAGUAACUCAGGUAAUAAAAAAACUAUGAGAAUAAGUAAGCUUGAAAUGGAAUAAAGGGAUAAUAUCGCGAUACUAUAAUCUUGAAGUAAAUAUAAGACAUGGAUAAGAAAAGUAUAGUCAACGAUAUUUAUAAAGCAUCGGUCGUAUGCGUUUUCGCUGUAGGCUAUUCAAUGCUCGGGAAAAAGGUAUUAAAAAUGACGCCACCCUCAAUUCAGAAGUUUGACCUGGAAGAUACCGGAAAGCUUGUAGCCAUAGUCGCCGCAAGUGAAAUGACAAGAGAAUAUCUAGUUAAGCAAAAAAUUAUACCUGAAACUAUAAAUAUAUAAUGUUGCGAAUACUGGAAUGGUUGGUCUGGGUUUUAUGCCAGCGCAAGAAAGUUGAGAGGAUUUUACCCAAGGUGGAAUACAUCGAUACCGAGGUCAUAGACGACUCUGAUGUCAUAGACUCCGAGGCUAUCGUAUUAAAAUAACGCCACUAUAUUAUACCGGAUUAUAUAAACAUGGCUUCAAUUGCAAUGAUGUUGGGAGGUGCCUUCGCGAACGCUUUGGCCUUCACCGGAUCAAGCUACCUCUUUUCAAGUUUAUCAAAGGAUAGGAUAGAUAAGGAACGGAAGCGGCAUGAUCUGGCCAUAGAGCAGCUGCAAAAGGCUCAGAUCAUGCCGCUUCCGUUCCUUAUCUAUCCUAUCCUUGGAUAAACUUGAAAAGAGGUAGCUUGAUCCGGUGAAAGCCAAAGCGUUCGCGAAGGCACCUCCCAACAUCAUUGCAAUUGAAGCCAUGUUUCAUAUACUACUACA